UUUCCGGUUCCAGAUCUACGUAAUUUUGUGUUUGUAAACACUAGAAUAGACGGACGUCACAACAGUGCAGUCGAGAGAUUUAUUUAUAGAUUUAUCUUCUGAUAGACUCAUACAAAUCACAUAGCACGAUUUGGAUAGAGACACUGAGUAGAUCUCCCUACAAUGCCUCCGAAAUUCGCCAGAAUGCCAGACAAUACAGAUUUUUCUAGGUCUCAUGAUGCUGAAAGAAGAGGAUUACUUGAUGGAAAUUCUGAUGACGAAGACUUCUUCUUAAAGGGACCAAAUGUGAAUACCAACAAACUUCGCCCAGAUCCAAAGAUCAACAAGCUACAAGGCCAAGUAGAGGAUGUGGUAGAUAUCAUGAAGUCAAAUGUCAACAAGGUUAUAGAGCGCGGGGACAGGUUGGAGGAUCUUCAAGACAAAUCAGAAAGCUUAUCCAGUCACUCUGAUAUGUUUCGCACAAGAGCUAAAAAUCUACACAAAAAUAUGUGGUGGAAAAACUGCAGGAUGAGGAUAAUUCUUGCCGCUGUAUUAGCUUUGAUCAUCACCAUUAUUAUCAUUAUUGUGGUUGUCCAUUACUCAGGCUCAAGCUGAGUAAACAAAAAAAAGGGAAGCUACUGUAUUGGAUGUGAUAAAGGGAGAUAAGUUCUGCUGAUGGAGUUGUUGAAGAUUAAGUGAGUGUGUAAAGCAAUGACUAUGGAUACUGGAAUUUGUUGUAUAAAUUAAUCUAUUUAACAGCGACCAGCAUUUUUACUAAGUAAUGCAGAUUUUCUUGUGAUGUGUAAUUCUAUCUUUAUAACUGAUAUUUUUGAGCCCAUUUAAGGGGUGUAAAUUUUAAGUUAAUUAGAAAUAUAUUG